AUGCACUUCACAACCCUCCUCCUGCUGGGCAGCACCAUCGCCUCAGCCCGCGAACAGUUCGGACCAGGCCCCGAACAACUGGACUACUUGGCGCAUAUCGGACAGGACCAGGGCCAGAACCAGAACCAGGGCCAGAACUAUGGUAACUACGACGACAACUACGGCGACAACUACGGCGACGACUAUCAUAGUGACUAUGACAACAACCCCAACUCAAACGGCUACGGCAACAGCCCAGGCUCAAACGACCACUACAACCAGCCUCAAGCCCAAGAAGCCCCAGGUGGCCCGGCCCAAGCCCCGACACCUAUGAUCCACAGCGCAUCAUUGGCGCCCUCGCACGCCCAUGCACCGGCAGCCUCAUCCUACGUGCCAAUGGCUUCCUCCUAUGCGCCUGUUGCACCUAGUUCCAAGCCACACGUGCACUCGCACGCGCAUUCCCAUGCAGACUCUCAGACACAGGCUCCCGCUCCUGGUUAUGCUUAUGCGUACCCUAGCCCGAGUGUUUCCAAGGUUCCUGUUGCGUUUGGGACCCCGAAGCCUACUCAUGUGCCUGUUUCUCAGUAUCAGGUUCCUCAGGCUCAGGCUCAGCCUAAGGUGCCUCCUGUUCAGCAGGCCCCGGCUCCUGCUCCUAAUCCCGCUACCCAGGGCCAAGACACAAACCUCCCAGCAAACGAUGUCCCAGCCAGCGAGGUAGCCCCCGUCGACCCAAUGCAGCCAGGGUCGAACGUAGCACCUGUUACCUUGGGUGAUACCGCAAAACACGGCAAGGAUAUGGGUAAUGCUUUCUGCUCGGGUAUGUGUUAUGAGAAUGAAGCUGAUGCGAACUGUCCGCCGCCUUAUGUGAGUAUAUCUUCCCAUUUAUCUCCUUGA